GCUCGUAGACUUGCCGGGGCGUGAUCACUAUAACCUACUCGGUCACACCAAGGUGGUUCACACCAUCCCACUGCAAGCUACUUACAGCUCUUUGUGAUGAGGAUGAAAAGCCACGCUAGUGUCCUACCUGCUGCCGUGGCAGCAGCAAAGCACACAAAAGCACGGUCCAAAAUCUUUGCAGGCCGUAAGGCAGGGAAUACGCUCAAGUGCACUGAGCUAUACAGCAGAGGAAAAUCCCUGGAAGGAUCUCUCUCCUGAAUUAGCACAGACAGCACUUUGGGAACCACUGGUUUCAUGGCUGAAGCACACAAAGCUAAGCAGGAGGUCAUCUUGAUCCUCACAGCAAAACAUAUAGGUCUCUCUAUACCUCUGUUUCUUCUCCUGUGAGGCACAGAGGAUGUAUUUGCUGACAGACAAGGUUAAUUAGAUUUGAAAGGUGCUCAGAGCCUCUCAGUCCAAAAUCUACAAAGGCCAUGGGGACAGGGAUGCUGUGCUGACAUGUAUAUCUGGCUCGGCAACAGACAGGAUGCUAAAACGUCAGAGAAUGUGGAAUAAACUGGCCACUGUAACAGCACUGAUGGACCAUGGAAUUCCCCGUCUCCUCUCACCGCAGGUUGUUUGUAGAUGGGCUGAUAUGGGCUCUUGGGAUGAAGUUUGCUAUCGAUCAGAUCAACAAUUCCACUUCACUUCUCCCGGGAGUAAAGCUGGGCUAUGACAUCUACGACACCUGCUUUGAGCCACUGGUAGCCUUACAGACCAGCUUGCCAUUUCUGACCCGCAACGGCACGUCGGGCAUUGGAGUACUGUGCAACUACUCCGACUACCAGCCUCGUGUGACUGCUGUGAUUGGACCACAUAAGUCAGAUCUCUGCCUGCUAACAGCCAAACUAUUCAGCUUCUUCUUGAUCCCACAGGUCAGCUAUAAAGCCAGCAGUGAGAAGCUCAGCAACACAGAUUUGUACCCAUCCUUCUACCGUACUGUUCCCAGUGAUAAGAACUUGGUGGAAGCUGUGGCCCUGCUAUUGAACAAGUUUGGAUGGAACUGGAUUGCCACCAUCGCAAGCGAUGAUGAAUACGGUCGAGGAGCCCAGGAGCUCUUCUUAAGCACAGCUGGAAAUCACAGCAUCUGCAUUGCAUUCGAGGGGCUAAUUCCUACAGACCUUACAGAUUCCAAAGCCAAAAACCAACUGGAAGAUACCAUUAAGUUAAUUAACAAGACCAAAGUCAACAUCAUUGUCCUUUUUGCCUUUAGUCAGCCUGUCCAGGCCCUGCUGGAACACAGCAUCAGCAUGGGACUGAGCAAGAAAGUCUGGAUUGGCACUGAAGCUUGGAUGUUGUCCAACAUAGCUGCCUCCAUCCCAAAUAUUCAGAGCAUCGGGACAGUCUUAGGCUUUAUUAUGAAAGCAGGCACAGUUCCUGGCUUCCAGAAAUACGUUGCUGACCUCUUCACCUCCGUUCAGCAGGAUAAAUUUUGCCAGGAGUCUAGAGAAUUCCACCACCCCAUGAAUUCUGACAUGCUGGACACACACUGCAGAGAGUGUGACCUCAUCUCGCUGCAAGACGUCUCGUCCAUGCUGAGCCGCUCGCUCAUACAACCCGUGUACGUCGCCGUCUACAGCGUGGCUCACGCUCUGCACAGAGCACUGGGCUGCACCCACCGGGCGUGUCCCAAAGCCUCCGUCAGGUCUUGGCAGCUGCUGCACUUCAUGAAUACUUUCCCGUUCAAGGUGAAUGGCCAAAGUUUCAGGUUUGAUCAAUCCCAUGGCACAAACACUGGCUACAAGCUCAUAUUCUGGUCCUGGAAUAACAGCACCCUUACGUAUCUGCCUGUAGGCGACUAUGAAGAGUCCUUGUCCAUCAAUAAGUCCCAGAUUCAGUUUUACACUGCAGAUCAAAAGGAGCCUACCUCAGAGUGCUUCAGGCACUGUAAACCAGGGCAGUUCAGGCGAAUAAAAGGAUUCCACCUCUGCUGCUAUGACUGUACAGACUGUCCAGAAAACACCUUCUGGAGCUUUAAAGACAGCUCCGCCUGCACUCCCUGCCCGGAGCACCAGUGGGCCCCUGGGCGCAGCACACGGUGUUACGACCGGAGCGAGAGGUACCUCUUCUGGAACGAGCCGCUCGCCCUGGCCCUGCUGACACUGAUGUCCAUCACCCUAUCCCUGAUUUGUCUGGCAGCAGUGCUCUUUCUGAAGAACCUCGAGACUCCCCUCGUGCAGGCUUCUGGAGGUGAACUGAACCUCUUUGCCUUGCUCAUGCUCACGCUGCUGUGUCUCAGCUGCUGUCUCUAUAUAGGGAAGCCCACUAACGACCUUUGUAUGAUCCAGCAGAUAGUCUAUGCCCUGUGCCUCAACGGGUGUUUCUCCACCUUCCUCAUCAAGUCCCUUGAGAUCACCCUCGUGACAGAGUUCCCCCGCUGUGCCCCCACCUUCUUGCGCUGGCUAACCCAGAGGAGGGCCUGGCUCCUCGUCGCCUUGUGCCUCCUCACCGAGUGCUUGCUCUGUUUCUGCUACCUUCGCUUGGGCCCCGACUAUCUGGUGUCUGACUACAAGGCACUGCCCACUGAAAUUCUGCUUGUGUGUAACACGGAGUCCUGGUUUGCCUUUGCCCUCAUGCACGGCUACAACGGCUGCUUAGCCUUUGUCUGCCUCCUGUGCACGUUCAUGGUCCAGACUGCCGGUAAGAAGUACAAUAUCGCCCGGGGGAUCACAUUCACCAUCCUGAUCUAUUUCAUCAUCUGGAUCUUCUUCAUUGCCAUCUUUGUCACGCUGAAGACAGUCCUCAGGUCCGUUACUCAGAUUGGCACCAUUCUGACAACCUGUCUGGGUAUCUUGGGCAUCUACUAUAUCCCUAAAUGCUACAUCAUCUUGCUUAGACCUGAUAUGAACACAGUGGAUUAUUUCUAGAAUUCUAUCAAAGAGGAACCUGAGGAAGACUCAAUAAACAGACAAUAAACCAGACCCCUUGUCACCAGCUCCUCAGUAGCAGUUGGCUCUAUUUUAAUGAGAUAAUUCUGUUUAUGAUGACUAUAAGCUAUGGUCCCAGACACAAGCACCAUAUAAAACACAGCCUUAUCCAGCAGGCAGGACACUAAGAGCAGAAUUUUUAAGCUGCAAAAGCACAGGGCUCUACUCAAUGAGCUACAGCAAAAUGCCCCAGCAGAGUAGUAUCCAUCCUCUCCGUACACAAACUGAAGUACAAGGAAACAACUAUGCUCAGAUCAAGAAGGGCUGACUAUUUUGACUCUUAAAUAAAAGACUGAAAGGCUAAGCAAAGCUUCUGGUGACAAACAUUGCUCUUUUCGUUCAUGUCAUCAGUACCCCGAGAUAAGAACCGGCCCUUACACAUCACUGAGUGUUGAAACAAAAUACAAACAAGAACUUGCACUUAAGAGAUUUCAGUUUCAUGCCAAGUGAGAUUAAUUGCAGUUAUUCAAGCCAGAAUCUCACUAAAGGUAAAACUGAGAUUUCUUUUUCAGAUAAAUGAUACUGUAAAAGUUUAGAUAUGCUAAUGGAAAUAUUUAUCAGAUUUCACACUUCAUUUACAAGACGAAUUUUAGUUUUGGUACCAUUGUCAUGAAACAAAAAGCUGAGUUUUCCAA